AUGCCGAGCUCUCGUUUCUUUAAUGUCAACACGUUAGGUGCUCGAGCCGAUGGACUCUCCGACGACAGCAAAGCCUUCAUAUCAGCAUGGGAAAAUGCAUGUCAGGCUACUGGUGAGGUACACAUUGUGAUUCCGAAAGUCACGUAUUUAGUUGGUCCAGUUAAAUUUGCAGGCCCCUGCAAAAAUAUCUCCAAAACAACAGUCCAUCUGAAGGGUUAUCUCAAGGCAGCAACGAACUUGUCUAGAUUCGGAGAUGGUGCCAGUUGGGUCGAAAUUCGAUCGGUUGAAGGGCUAACCUUGACUGGAGGAGGGACCUUUGAUGGUCAAGGUGCCAAAGCUUGGCCUUACAAUAGCUGCUCCAAUGAUAUUAACUGCAUACUUCUUCCAACAAAUGUGAAGUUUCUGGCGAUGAACCGAACUAUUGUAAGAGGCACAACGUCAGUAAACAGCAAGUUCUUCCAUAUGGCUCUUGUUGAAUGUAUGGACUUUAAGGGCACUGAAAUUAAGAUUUCUGCACCAGCAAAUAGUCCCAACACUGAUGGCAUCCACUUUCAGCGGAGCUCCGGUAUCGACAUAUCGAAAUCACUUAUAGGUACAGGUAAUGACUGCAUCUCAAUUGGACAGGGGAAUUCUCAAGUCAGCAUAACACACAUCAGCUGUGGACCGGGUCACGGCAUCAGCGUUGGAAGUCUUGGAAGAUACAAGAAUGAAGGUGCUGUGAGUGGAUUGGUGGUUAGAGAUUGCUCCAUGGCAGGGAUCUCAAAUGGCAUUAGGAUCAAAACACGGGCUAAUUCGCCAGGCCGAACCGCUGCAACCAACAUGACCUUUGAAAACAUAAACAUGGAAAACCUCACCGAUCCGAUUAGAAUCGAUCAAGCGUAUUGUCCCUCCACGUCUUGCUCCCCAAUGGGACAAUCUCAAGUGAAACUGAGUGACAUAUAUUUCAAGAAAAUAAAGGGAACAUCAUCAUCUGCAGUGGCAAUAGCACUAGAAUGCAGCAAGGGGGUUCCAUGCCAGUAUAUUUACCUUGAAGAUGUUCACUUGGAGUUGGCAUCAGGGAAAAAACAAGCCACUUCCCCUUGUAAAAAUGUUAGGGCUAAAUACAUUGGUGGCACCCAAAUCCCACCACCAUGUGCUUAG